CUCUCUCUCUCUCUCUAUCGCUCGAUCGAUCGAUCGAUCUCCACAUUUCUUCUAACAUUCCCCGAUUUUCAUGCUUCACUAGCCAUUAGCGAAUACCGAUAUUUUCAAUACCUAAUCUGUUUGUCUUUUUGCAUUUAUUAACUCUUCAAUAUCUCGGAAAAUCUUUCCAAUUCCAGGAAUUGAAUUUCCCAAAACUGUUAUUUAGUUCAUCGCCAAUUUGCUCAUUUUGUCUCUUCUCAUCCUCUUUCAUCCAUUAUCUUUUCAAAUUUUCUCGAUUUCGAGGAUUUGAGAUUUCCAUAUUUGAAAAUUUUCAGAUGGGUACACUGUGAAGUUGAGUUUCCUGGAAGUGUAAUCUGCUGGGUGGGAGAGAGGAAGUAUUGUUCAGGCGCGCUGUAGGUCCUCUGUUUCUGCUACUCUGUUCGUCUAUGAUAUCGUAAUUAAUUGGAAAAAGAAUUCAGAAAAAAAUUUAUCGCAUUUCUAGGAGAUUCUCUGCUUAAUUGUUUAUACCUUUUCUCUAAUUCCCAAAAAAACAAGCCAGUGAUUGAUUAACACUUCAUGACUUCACGUUUGUGACCCAUACAGAUAGAGAUUAGGGUAAUUUCAUGUCUGGGAAUUUUAUAAUUGCAUCGUAUUAGCUAAAAGAAAAAACAGUGUUUUUGUUUUGUGAUUGAUUGUGGUGGUUUCUGCUAGAUAGAUUCUUGCUUAUUUUGUCCUUUCUUCUUAGUUCUUACUCAGAGAGCAAUAUCAUUUCGAUUUCGAUUCUAAUUUCUAUAUACGUAUAUAUAUUUUCACUCUUUCCUCGUCAACCUUCGAAUUGAAAAGAGACAAAAGCAAAAGUAAGAACAGACGAGGGAAAAACAAAUAAAAAAAAUUACAGGCAAUUACGCAUUUUGGCCCUUUCUGCUUGAGUAACAUACAAGAAGAAGAGAGACGUGUCCAACUUAUCUUAUACCUUAAUGGGAAUUGUACAAAAUGGUAGUCUGCUUGGUGGGGAUUUUUGAUAUUUGUCUAACUCGUAUGUUAACCUUAAUAAGCAAAACCCUGCUUUCUUCACCACUUCUUGCAUAAGUUUGUUAAAUUGGGGAGGCAUCUUGAGGCUUUUUGACAGUUGGGUCAAGGAGAAGUGGGUUUAAAUUACAGCUUAUCUCAGAGAUUUGUGAGAGAGAUUUUUGGCGGAUUUUUGUGUUGAAGGGAAAACUGAGAUGGGUUCCUAUGGAAAGCUUGCCAGGAGGGCUUUGGAGACUGAGAUGCCCGUCAUGGUUCAGAUACAGGAAUUGGUCCGAGGAGCUAAAAAUGCAAUGUCUUUGGCCCAGGGGGUUGUUUACUGGCAACCACCCAAACAGGCAUUAGAAAAGGUGAAAGAACUUGUAUGGGAGCCAUCAAUUAGUCGUUAUGGUGCUGAUGAGGGUAUCCCUGAACUCAGGCAGGCAUUGACACUGAAGUUGCGAAAGGAAAAUAAAUUGGUGAAAUCUUCAGUUAUGGUUACUGCUGGUGCAAAUCAGGCAUUUGUGAAUCUUGUUCUUGCAUUGUGUGAUGCUGGGGAUUCUGUGGUCAUGUUUGCUCCAUACUAUUUCAAUGCAUACAUGUCCUUCCAGAUGACAGGUGUCACUAAUAUUUUAGUGGGUCCUGGUAACCCAAAGACACUUCAUCCGGAUGCAGACUGGUUGGAAAGGACGUUAUCAGAAACUAGACCAGUUCCAAAAGUUGUGACUGUUGUUAACCCUGGCAACCCAACAGGGACAUACAUUCCAGAGUCCCUCCUCAAGAGGAUUUCAGAUCUAUGUAGAGACGCUGGAUCCUGGCUUAUCGUAGAUAAUACAUAUGAGUAUUUUAUGUAUGAUGGUCUAAAACAUUCCUGCAUAGAAGGUGAUCAUGUUGUCAACAUCUUUUCCUUCUCAAAAGCCUAUGGGAUGAUGGGAUGGCGAGUUGGAUAUAUAGCAUAUCCGUUAGAAGUGGAGGGCUUUGCAACUCAACUCCUCAAAAUUCAGGACAACAUACCAAUCUGUGCCUCAUUACUUUCACAGCACCUGGCCCUCUACUCCUUAGAAAUGGGACCUGAGUGGGUGACUGAGCAAGUGAAAAAUCUUGUGAGGAACAGAGAAAUCCUUCUUGUAGCUCUCUCCCCAUUAGGAGAAGAUGCUGUAAAAGGUGGUGAAGGUGCAAUUUACCUUUGGGCAAAGCUUCCUGACAAACAUCUUGAUGAUUUUAAAGUUGUUCGCUGGCUUGCUAAACGGCAUGAGGUGGUUGUGAUUCCGGGAGGUGCUUGUGGAUGCCCAGGGCAUCUUAGGAUCUCCUUCGGGGGCUUGAUAGAGGCGGAUUGCAAAGCUGCUGCGGAGAGGCUGAGGAGAGGGUUAGAAGAAUUAGUGAACCAUGGAAUGAUGGAGUAAACUGUUUUACAGCCCAUUGAAUAUCGGAAUGGGAAAUCCAUUCGCCUGUUUGUUUAAGUUAACAACCCGUGCAUUCGAAUAAUAUGGAGGGUACGAAUGUCUGGAAGUAGAACAAUAGUUCAGUAAAUGAAAGGGUAUUCACCCGGCAGUUGGUCUGAACUCUGAAGUAGUAAUAAUAUUUCAUCAAAUUUACAUUGUUAA